UGCAUGUUUGAUUCUUGACCGAUCUAGCAGCCAAGGUUGAACCUUUUCACUGCUCAAAUAUCCAAAAAUGUCCAACGCCAUUCAUUUUCAGACAAACAAGCACAUCAACCAAGAUGUGCGGCACCACCAAAACCUUCACAUUCUGCUUCAUCUUCUUCAUCUCCAUCACUCUCAACACAGUUGCAGCUGCUUCAUCAUCAUGCCCCAUUGAUCUGAGCUACGUCGAAACCUUCCCAUGGGACACCUCCCUCUGCCUCACCCCAAACGCCACACACUGCUGCCAGACCCUCCUCAGCCUCUUCGGCGUCGGCCUCUCCCACCACCUCAACCAAACCUCCACCUUCCAGCUCCCCAACUCCACCGUCUCCGCCGCCUGCCUCUCCGAUUUCCAAACCAAGCUCUCAUCUUUUUUCCUCGUCCCCACCUUAGUCUCCUCGUGCUUCCAGAACGCCACCCAGUUCGUCGCCAGCUCUUCCAGCUGCGCCGGCAUCCUCACCGUCGACGACUGGAAGGAGAAAGUAGGACCCAUCAGCGCUAUAGACACGUCAUGCAAGGGAGACUUACAGGGGCUCACCAGGUGUAGCUCUUGCCUUGAUGCAGGGAUGGAUGUGAAUAACCGGUUAAGUGCGUUGGGUCCAAACAACACCAAGUGCUUCUACUUUGCUGUGUUGUAUGCUGCUGGGAUUGUCAACGAGUUUGGUCCAGAGGAUCCCAGAACUGCGGCUUGUAUUCUGGGGCUGCCUCUGUCCAGCUCAGCCAACAAGAAGAGUGAUGGUCAGGUGAGCAAGAAGACACUGCUGAAGUGGGUGUUUGGGGUUUUGGGGGCUAUUAUUGGGAUUUUGCUUGCUGUUGGGGUUAUUGUCAUGUAUAGAAGGCAUGACAGGAAAGGGAAGCAAAAUGCUAGGCAUGAAGAGUAUGUGAGUGGCUUUAGAGCUAGUUUGUUGCCUAAUUCUGGUGCUAAGUGGUUUGGGAUUGCAGAGCUUGAGAAGGCCACUGAUGGGUUUGCUCAGAAGAAUAUGAUAGGCCAAGGAGGGUAUGGGGUUGUGUACAGGGGGUCACUUGCUGAUGGGACUCUUGUGGCUGUGAAGCAGAUUCUUGAUAUGGAGGCUUUGGAUUCGAAAGGCGAUGAGGAGUUUUCGAAUGAGGUUGAGAUUAUAGGGAAGAUUCGGCAUAGGAAUUUGCUGUCGCUUAGAGGGUGUUGUGUUACUAGUGAUGAUUUUAGAGGGAAGAGGAGGUUCUUGGUUUAUGAUCUUAUGUCAAAUGGGAAUUUGAGUGACUAUUUGAGUAAUAGUAAGAGGAGACUGAGUUGGCCUCAGAGGAAGAGUAUCAUACUUGAUGUUGCAAAAGGCCUUGCUUAUUUGCACAAUGGGAUCAAGCCUCCUAUAUAUCACAGGGACAUUAAGGGGACUAAUAUACUCUUGGACUCGGAAAUGAAGGCUAAAGUUGCUGACUUUGGUUUAGCCAAGCAAAGUUCAGCAGGGCAAACUCACUUGACUACUAGAGUUGCAGGUACAUAUGGUUAUUUGGCGCCAGAGUAUGCUCUCUAUGGACAGCUUACGGAGAAGAGUGAUGUUUACAGCUUUGGUAUUGUGAUUCUUGAGAUCAUGAGUGGGAAGAAAGUGCUGGACACAUCGAAUUCCAGCACGAAUAUGAAUUCGGUUGUUUUGAUCACAGAUUGGGCGUGGAUGCAUGCGAAAGCGGGGAGUGUGGAGGAGGUGUUUGAUGAGACAUUGAGGGAGGAAGGGCCAAAGAGUGUCAUGGAGAGGUUUGUGAAUGUUGGGAUUCUCUGUGCUCAUGUUAUGGUGGCUUUUAGGCCUACCAUUUCAGAAGCAUUGAGGAUGUUGGAGGGUGACAUUGAUAUUCCUAAGUUACCAGAUAGGCCAAUGCCACUUGGGAAUGAGUCUUAUAGAUCUUCUUUCGGGUUUUCUAGCAUUUUGGAAAGUGAAAGAUCAAGACCCAGCUUUAGUUCCAGCAUUAUUACUUCAAGUCCCCAACAUAGAUUGAAAUAGGACACUGGGUUGUUUGGUACAUGUGUUAGUAUCAUCCUAAUCUUCUGUUUAUCUGGGAUUAGGCAUUCUUUUGUACAUCGUUGAAUGUUGACUGAUGCAAGAAAUUGAUGAAAUUACAAAUUUCUUUU